CGCGCGCUCUCCCUCUGAGCCUGGCCUCCCGCGUUUGGAAAGGGCCGAGGAAGCGCUACGAACCCGGACCUUGCCAAGGGAAGGAGGGCAGGAAGAAGCUCCAGCGCGAGUCGCAAGAGAAGAGACAGAGCGCCUGAGGACGAGCCGGCGACUUGGUUCUUUCCCGCCUGGAGCUGGCUAGGAAGACGAGCGCGUGCGCCUCCGCCUGCCGUUUAACUCUUGAGUGCCCGCACCUUCGCCGCCUCCUCCGCUCUCUUUCUGUGCGCUUCUACAGGUCCCGUCCGCGGCUGGCCUCGCCUCCUUUUUUCCAGAGCUCCAGGCAGGGCAGCAGUGAAAACCAGCACUGCAGGGUGACGAUGAGGAUGUCUCCGCUCGUGGCUUGGCCGCUGUCGGCCGCUGCGUUCGCUCUGCAAGCGGCUGCCCUCGACCCCUUCAGGGCAGCGGGGGAUCCAACAGCACCAGCAGCUGCCUCGGCCGGGCUGCUCUUCGCUCGGGAUGUCCUGUCCAUGUUCGGAGGCAACCAGAGCCUCUCGGCCGGCCAGGUCAGCCAGAUGCUACAGAAGAUGGGAGCUGUGCACAGGCUAGAAGAGUCGCGGCCGCCGGCGGGACAUUUGGCGUUGCACUUCAACCAGUGCAUGUCUGCUGAAGACAUCUUUUCGGCCUAUGGAAUGCCAAAUAGCAGUAAGAUAACAGAUUCCAGCUUCUCCACAAUGUGUCCUGCUCUCUUACAACAGCUGAUUUUCCAUCCAUGUGAAAAAUCCAUAUCCAAAGGAAAUUCCAAACCAUCUACCACAGAAGUUUGGGGCUUUGGAUUCCUCGCUGUGACUAUCAUCAGCCUUGCUUCCCUUCUUGGUUUGGUUUUAACUCCUCUUUUAAGGAAGCCAUAUUUCCCCAAAAUUUUAACCUACUUUGUGGGGUUGGCCAUCGGAACUCUCUUUUCCAAUGCAAUUUUUCAGCUUAUCCCUGAGGCAUUUGGAUUUGAUCCCAGAGUAGAUAACUAUGUUGAAAAAGCAGUGGCUGUGUUUGGUGGAUUCUACAUUCUCUUCUUUGUGGAAAGAGUUCUUAAAAUGAUACUAAAAACCUAUAGCCAGAUGGGCCACCAUCACUUUGAACCUGAAGAACUGAAACAUCCCCAGAAUCCUCCUCCUCCUGUUGAAUCAGUCAAACCUGUUAAUGGAACAACGUGCUAUGCAAAUCCUGCCGUAGCCGAGGCUAAUGGAAAUCUGAAUUUUGACACUCUCAGUGUGGUCUCUGACCAGAAAGAAGAAACUCAGAGCAGUUCAUGUAAAUGUUUCAGUGGACCCUCAUUGUCAGAUAUUGGAACAAUUGCCUGGAUGAUCACACUGAGUGAUGCUCUCCAUAACUUCAUCGAUGGGCUAGCCAUUGGUGCCUCCUUCACCCUCUCCCUGCUUCAGGGCAUUAGCACAUCCAUAGCGAUCUUGUGUGAAGAGUUUCCUCAUGAACUGGGCGAUUUUGUCAUCCUUCUUAAUGCAGGAAUGAGCACAAGGCAGGCCUUGUUUUUCAACUUCCUUUCAGCAUGUUCUUGUUAUGUUGGACUGGCUUUUGGUAUACUAGUGGGCAACAACUUUGCUCCAAACAUUAUCUUCGCAAUAGCUGGAGGCAUGUUUCUGUACAUUUCCCUUGCAGAUAUGUUCCCAGAGAUGAAUGACAUGUUGAGAGAGAAAGUAACUGGAAGGAAAACUGAUCUAGCCUUCUUCCUGAUCCAAAAUGCUGGCUUGCUUACAGGGUUUGCUGCAAUACUGCUGAUCACCCUGUAUGCAGGAGACAUUGAACUGGAAUGAUGUGAUCCUGAAGAUGUGACAAUGAAGACAUUUAGUAAAUUAAAAAAAAUGGAAGAACUCUUGAACUCCACAAAGGGACUUGGAAGUCAUAAAGGAUUUGAUGCAACAUGCUAUUUUCUUCAGCCAUUUGGAACAACAUCUGUUUUGUAAGGAUUCCCAUAUCCAUUCUAGGACAUUGGUUUCAUCAGCAUCUGGGUAUUACUAUCACUUCUGCAAUGAUCUAGUAAGGUCGCGCACACUAACAUUUGCUGUAGGCAGGGCACGAGGGGAAGGCAAGAUCGAGCUUACCUUACCCCCAGGUAGGGUUGCCACAUUCUGGGCUUUCCAAAUCUGGGUGCCUAAUUUGCAUAUUAUGUAAAUUGGCUUGAAAUUUUUUUUUGAGCGGAAUAGUGCCUGCACGUUUUGCUCCAUAACUCUGCUUCUACAAGGGCUAGAGCUUAGCUUUUUUCUUUUUUAAAAUGAAAGUUGAAAUCCAGGCAAAUCUGGGUGGACUCAGCAAUC